ACUCUCUCCGGACACUUUCUGAUGACGUCAAACAUCCGCGACUCCACGCAUGUGACAAACAGGAAUCAACCACUUUUCGUUCCAGAAGUGGCUUUUUUGUGUUUUAUCUGUGAAAGUUUGGACUAUAUUCUGUGCUUGAACCCAGCAUGGCUUCUACAUCAAUGCCGCAGAAGCGCUACUACAGGCAGCGAGCCCACGCAAACCCGAUGGCGCACCACACAUUUGAUUACCCGGUUUGUCCUGAAGAAAUGGACUGGUCCAAGCUGUAUCCAGACCUCAUACCUGGGCCCUCGUCGGAGACGGAGGCCCCUAAAGUCGAGUUUGCAGACAUUGGCUGUGGAUACGGGGGUCUUCUGGUGGAGUUAUCGCCACUGUUCCCAGAUAAGCUCAUGUUGGGCUUGGAGAUCAGAGUGAAGGUAUCGGAUUACGUGCAGGACCGCAUUCGGUCACUGCGUGAAAUGAACCCGGGAAGCUACCAGAACAUCGCGUGCCUCCGCAGCAACGCAAUGAAGUACCUCCCCAACUUUUUCUUCAAAGGACAGCUCAGUAAGAUGUUCUUCCUGUUCCCUGACCCUCAUUUCAAGAAGACCAAGCACAAAUGGAGGAUCGUCAGUCCCACGUUGUUAGCAGAAUACGCCUACACACUCAGGAUCCGGGGCUUGGUGUACACCAUAACAGAUGUGGAGGAGGUGCACCUCUGGAUGGUGAAGCACUUCAGCGAACAUCCGCUGUUUGCACGUGUGCCAGAAGAGGAUCUGGUGGAUGACGUCAUUAUAAGCCGCUUGAGUUCCUGCACCGAGGAAGGAAAGAAGGUGCAGAGGAACGGCGGGAAGACCUACCUCGCAGUUUUCCAGAGGAUCGAGGAUCCGCUCUGAAAUCAGACACUUUGGACUUUAAUGCGAUACUUUAAUGUGUUUAACUACAUGGACAUGAAAGCUCCUCAGUCGUCUACAGGCUUCUUCUGCCUAAACAACAAGUGAAAACAAUGGUUCACCAGACAAAAGGUGAUUUUCUUUUUUAUUUAUUUUAAUUUUUUUCAAUGUACAUUUCCCUCACCAGCUCACAAGACACUUCUCAUUUUGAGGUUUUUUUUUUUUUAAAUUUCAGAUCUGGUUGAGUAAACUAUGCAGCUUUUAUAAGACAAGAUCUCAGUGUUUUCUUCGCGUACCAUUCCUUCAGCGACUUGUUUGUUUUGGAUCGUCAUCUGGCUGCAAGAUUAGAGAGUUUUCUGUCAUGGCUCAACGUGAUGAACAAUUAUCCUUAUCUAUCGGCCAAUCUUUGUGAAGCUCAAAUCAAAGCGGUGCGCAGCAGGAACAGUAGCAUUCAGUGUUCGUUGUGUGAUUGCUAGCUAUAUAUUACAGGUCGGUAUUUGGGUCUGUCGGGUAUGGAAACGGGACGGCGCAGGUCUGAAAAGGCCUUGUGCUGCUUGAGGCUGUGGUGAUUAUCAACAGGACAGCACAUGCCUUCACGUUCAUAACCCAGACACUGGAAAAACUGAGCUGAGCCGGGAAAUACUGAACCCUAAAUACUGGUUCAGGUCUCGAACUGAGACGUGUCUGGCUUGUCAGGGUAAGUUUUUUGUUUCUGCAUGUCCUACAUGGAACAUUUUUCCAACCAAAGCCAGGUAAACUUGAACCACAUUAAACUCUGAACAGUAGAUUAAAUGGCGCACAUAAUUUCUCACAUCCUGGAACACGUCAACCAAAGCAUCCCGGACACCUGAAGGUGAAGAGCAACAAUGUUUUUGAAGCGACUUCUGGGAAAAAACCCAAGGUUAACCCAAACAUAAACCGGAGACCAAACAUUUCCCGGUGCUUCGGUGGCUGAGGUUUUCCCAGGUGAUUGAAGGAUUCUUCCCAUGUGACCGUCCGCUCUCCGCACGGAGCACCAAAAAAAAAAAAGAGAAGCUACUCAUGAACGGACAUCAAAAGGCCUGAGGCGCUGACCUGGCCCUAAAAUUCCCCAGAUUUCAGUCCAGCGAAGCAUCCCCAGGAUCUGCCGGCACAAGCCCCGAUCCACGGCGUUACGGAUCGCAGUUCUGCGCACACGGGUCGCUUUGUGGAUGUAAAUCAUUGGCACAGAAGUCUGAUUGCGGUAGGGUUUAAUUAGUAGUAUGAACCAGGAAA